UCUCUUCUCUCAUUCUUCUUUCUUUUGUAAUCAACUAUGAGUAUGCUUUGUGAUUUGAGUGAUUAUGAUGAUGAGCUCUACAAAUUCUACCAUAAUGAAGAGACUCAAAACUCAUGUUGCUACAAGUUAGAUUCUCGAAUGAGAAAGAGCGUAAUAGAUUGGUUGAUACAGAUACAUUAUGAACAAAAACUCACGUCGGAGACUCUUUACCUCUGCGUCAACGUUCUUGACCGUUUUCUUUCCAAAUCCAAUUAUGAAGUUGCAACAAAAGAUAAACUUAAGCUUCUUGGUUUGGCGUCGUUGAUGUUAGCGUCUAAAUAUGAACAAAGAGGGGCAGUUGGAGUUUAUGAUAUUGAAUACUUGGCUGAGUAUUCUUAUUUUCCUGAGGAAAUAUGUGCAAUGGAAAAACAUAUCCUGCAACAACUUGAUUGGAUUUUAACAGUUCCGACACCUUAUGUUUUUCUUGUUAGAAACAUAAGGGCGUGCCUUGUAUCAGAUCAAGAUAAGAUCAUGGAGAAUAUGGCGUGUUUCUUCUCUGAGCUCAGCUUGACACAGUAUUCUAUCGUAUGUCACUAUAAACCUUCUGAGAUUGCAGCUUCUGCGGUGUAUUGUGCGAGAAUUAUUGUUGGAAGAUACCCUUUUUGGAGCAACGAAUUGAAGAUAUGUACAGGGUAUUCUGUAGAGAAAUUAUUGUGUUGUGUCAAAGCUAUGAUGGAAUUGUGCAAUGAUACUUGUAAAGAAGGAACCAUGGAAGUUUUUAAAAAGUUUUCAAGCUUACAUCAAUCUAGGGUUUCCUGUGUUGUUCAGGAAACUCUGGAAGAAGCUUUUUUAUCUUAGCAAUUAACAUCAUGUACUGAAUUUCAAUGUUUUUCAGCAAUUAAAUGUACACAUUUUUAUUAGUAUCUGUAUAUAAUAUUAUGAGAU